AUGCAUUCCACGCCAUCGUCAUCGUUUUCUGUCUUUACGGUUUUCCAGUAUGCAUUCCUAGCGCUCAUUGCAUAUGUUUUGGCCGGCGCGCCGCUGCAGGAGAUGCUUUUUAGUAGUGGUUCAAAGUCGUCGUAUUCGUAUUCCAGGGAUGCUAGUGUGAGCCCGCAGAAGCUGGAUAGCUUGGUGAUCCCUGAUGCGAACUUGACGUGUAAAGACCACGCAUUUAAAAGUGUGCAUAUUCUGAGUAGAGAACCGUUGGUGGUGUAUAUCGAGGGCUUUUUGGAUGGUAGGGAAGCGGACAAGGUUGUGGAGUUGAGCAAUCCACUCUUUCAACCCUCCACCAUCUGGUCAUCCGGAGAAGAACGCCUAGACACCAAGAUCCGGCACUCCAGCAAAGCGCCAGUUCCACGUUCGCACACGGUCAAAUGCAUAGAGUCGCGUGCGCGUGCUUUUCAAGGAUGGCGCCCCUUUGUCUUUGUCGAGAAGCUAUGGGCGCAGCGCUACGGCACCAACGGCCAUUACACGUAUCACUAUGACUGGAGCAGUGUGAGCAGAAACCAAGGAAGGAUUAGUAGCUUCAUGGUAUGGCUGGGAAGCGAGUGUACAGGAGGUGGAACGCACUUUCCGCGGAUCAAAAGACCAGAAGGGAAGGAGUGGUGUAGAUUCGUCGAGUGUGGGGAAAGCGGCGGUGAAGAGAAGGAAGGUGUAGUAUUCAAGCCGGUCAAGGGAAACGCAGUCUACUGGGAGAACAUCCGCCCUGACGGGACAGGUUACGAUGAAAGCUGGCAUGCAGGACUGCCGGUCCUGAGUGGGGAGAAGAUUGGGUUGAACAUCUGGAGUUGGUUUCAGGAUGGGUAUGUCCCGCCGAAGGAGCAAGAGCAGGAGGCUGCGCUG